AAGCCUUCGUUUUGAUUACUUCAACUUUUUUUUUCUUGUCGUCGUGGUUUGCCCGAUGUCGUCGAUUUUUUAGAGUUUCGUUGCGUGCUUUUACGUUCUGUGUCACAGUUACUGCAUUAGUAGCAGAGACCAUUGCAUGAUGUGCAUCAGUGGAGUAGCCCGCGGGUGUUGUGACUGGACAGUAACAGCCGGAAGUUAACGUUCGUUCCUUCGGUUAUCGGCCAUGAAUUGUCAGGGUGUUGAGGACUGAAUGGCUUUAUUAUUCGGGAGGUUGUCUUAGGACUCCAUGGCCGCAACCUCGGCGUCCGGCCUGUUUGUUUCUGUUCGCAUUUGGCUAAGUUUUGAAGCUGUCAUUGAAGCUUUUUAGGAAAGAUGGCAGAGUGCGUCGUCACUCUGCACUCAGUUACUAGUAGGAACAUUCAUCCUUGUGUGAGCGCAACACACUCAUACAAGCUCCGCAAUGCACCAGGUGCUCUUGUGUACAAUCCCUUGGGUAGUACCCGAUGGAAUAGUAGGUUACUCUCGGCGAAGAUUAAUGCUAGACCGCAGGAUUUGCUCAGCAAUGGGCGGAAGUCAAGUUCUACCACCUGGGUUGCCUCCACUGAUAACUCUUCGCAAGAACCUAUUCAGCUUCCCGCUGGAGCGGAGGAGGGGAAUGACAAUAUCAGUGCGGAGAAGUCUCCAGUGUCACCUAUUGAAUUUGCUUCCACUCUGGCGUCUGCCGUUGGCUCCGAUGCUUCGAGCGAAACUGAACUGCCGACAAAGAAGAAAAGGAACAGGAAAGGAGAACGAAAAUUUUACUUGUUAGCUGCCAUAGCCUCUAGCAUUGGGUUCACCACCUUAUCCGCUGGCGCUGUAUACUACCGAUUCUAUUGGCAACUGCAGGGUGCAUCGGAAGUGCCCUACUCGGAAAUACUGGGAACCUUCUCGUUAGCCAUUGGUGCCGCGGUGGGUAUGGAAUAUUGGGCGCGAUGGGCUCACAAGGCACUUUGGCAUGAUUCGCUUUGGAACAUGCACGAGUCGCAUCACAGACCACGGGAAGGACCUUUUGAGAUGAAUGACAUAUUCGCUAUCAUAAAUGCUGUUCCGGCCAUAUCGCUGAUGGCAUAUGGUUUCUUUCACAAAGGCCUCGUGCCUGGUCUCUGCUUUGGAGCAGGCCUUGGGAUCACAAUGUUCGGUAUGGCAUAUAUGUUUGUCCAUGAUGGACUUGUACACCGAAGGUUUCCAGUUGGGCCCAUUGCAGACGUUCCUUAUCUUCAAAAGGUUGCGGCUGCACAUCAGCUUCAUCACGCUGAUCUGUUUGAGGGCGUACCAUACGGGCUUUUUCUCGGCCCUCAGGAACUCGAGGAUGUUGGAGGGGAGGAAGAACUUCAAAAAUUGCUGGUUACGAGGUACAAGAGUCGUAAAGAAUGACCAACAUCAGCGAGAGUAACUGUAAAUUUUUUUUGGUGCCUUCUUCAGGGUUCACAAUUCAAUUUUCGUAGUCUCAAGCGCACAUCAGAAGUCUUUAUACAAGCAGAUAGACAGCACUAAUUAGUGCAGUACAAACCAAAACGUUUGUAUAAGCGGUAGCAUUGUUCACGCUGGGAGAUUCUUGCACCGAUUCUACUCAUUCCACAUUUUACACGGCAUGAAAUCGGUGAAAUCUUAGAAGGGCAGCCACGGGAGAGUUUGGUGUAAAUCUCUAAGUUGUAAAAUAGGCUAUUCAACCGUGCGUGAUGGUUGUAAUCCAUCUGCAGUUAAGAAUUUCUUCCUCUAUGGUGUAUGGAUAUCCCUAACAAUAUUAUAAUCAUUUUUUUA